GGGCUGUGAUUCGGCUGUUGUAUUUUGCACUGCUAUAAUGGUCUAUUGCAACAGUCCAAUCUUUGUGUUAAUUUUUGUAUUCUUUCUCAUCUGCAAAUUCUGUUAUUGCUGACUUUUACUUUGGACAUUGAGAUGGUUUCUCAUCAGCAUGUGAUGUUUUCAUGUUGUUGAUUUGGAUAUUCCCGCCUCGGUUAUGGCAUUUCUAGUUUGAACCAUAGAAUUUUUGCUGGUUGUUGGCUUUUACUUUCAGUUUUAUUUCAAAUUGUUGCCAAUAAAGAUAUGGACAGGCCAAGCUGACAAGUUCUUGGCGUGCUUUUGGCAUCUAAGGCGACGCUCAUAGCCAGUACGAAGUCAUGAAGGUUAGGGGACCUGUAAGAUGGGAUGAAGCUAAGCUUGCUGAAAUUGAGGCAACUAAACCUGUCAGGAAAAAGAUUGAUGAACCCAAGACACCAUAUCACCCAAAGGUUAAUGAAGACGGCUCAUUGUAUUCUGUUGGAAGCACUGGUAAUGCUGCACAGGCUGAAGCUAUAAGAAAUGCUUUGAAUGAAGUAAUUUCAAGUCGAAUGCAUUCUACAGGUUUUACAGAAUGGACAUCAUCUGAGGAUGAGGCUGAUGCCAUGGAGCAAGAUAAAGGUAGUGUAAAGAUUGAGCAUGACACAAGUUUCAAAGAUCAUAGGAGAAAACAUUAUGAUGAGUUCUGGAGGGUAAAAGAGCUAAAAAAAAAUGAAUUUUUUCCGAACGAUAAGAAUGAUGAGUAUGAUGACGUAGGGAGACAACAUUCAUAUUCGUUUCUUAGCAAUGGGUUGAGAGAAAUACACAUCGAUGGUCCCUAUGGAAUCCUGCGAACGAUAGACAUUCAGGAAGUUACUGGGAGACUACCUCAAAGACAUUUAUUUCCAAAGUAAAAGAGAUUAGAAUCCAGCAGGCAAUUCGAUACGAAUGAUAUUGUUUGCAUCGAUAUUUAGUUAAAUAGCAUCUGUAAUGAACUAUGAAACCCCCCUCC